ACCCUAGCUUUCCUGGAUGUCCAGAUAUCGGGAUGUCGGGAUCCUUGCCGCGAAGCAGCGCAGCGCAGCGGUGCAGUGCGUGUGGGGCUGGGGCUGGACGGGCUCGUGCCACCAAGAGCAUUCCCACGUCAGGUGGUGCACCGCCGAUCCCGGACGUGGUGGCUUUGCAUCAUGGAUCGCCGUGAAAAGCUUGGGCUCGUUUUGGGAGGUGCCCAUGGCAUGAGCGGCAUGUUGCGUUUGCAUUUCAGAGCGUCGUGCCCUCCGGUGACGGAGACAUGUCGCCUGCUGCCGUCAGUCUUG